AUGACAAGGCAACAGUACCAGCUAUUGGGGAAACGUGCGCUAACUACAGGACGACGAGGGCUUUUGCGAGAAGUAUUAUUACCGGUGCUGAUAGGGAUUUCUAUUGGUUAUGUCUUGGGUCUAACACUGAGUUUUGAAGAAGUCGAUUCUAUUGAUCACAUCGCCCAAAUCGACGAAGAUGCUCCAGAAUCGACGUUAUUCUUUCUGCGAUGCCUCAUUUUAAUUAACCCAGAUGCUAAGAAACCAUUAAACUUCGUUACUGCAAUAAGAGAUACUUAUGGAAGUGUAUGUAAUCAGACCAUCUUCUAUACUAAUUCUGAAGACAUUCAGAAAAAAGCAGCAGAUCAGUAUGUCAUCGUUGUUGAUUCAAAAUUGAACGGGUUCUAUUGGAGUUACUUUCAAAACGUUGUCGAUUCGGCUUCAAAGGUUCGUGGGCCG